UGAGUGGAAGGUGUGCCGGAGGUGUGUCUGCUCCCACGAAGGUGAAUUCGCAGAGACGGACAGCUGUUGCCGCGUGCAUGACCAUUGCCCCUACGUCAUCCAUCCAUUCUCCUCCAAGUUCGGCUACACCAACUUUAAGUGGCAUAGCAUCUGCCACUGCGACUGCGAUAAUGAAUUGAAGGCUUGUCUCAGGAAAGUGAAUGACACUUCCUCCAGGGUCGUGGGACAGGCUUUUUUCAAUGUCAUUGAGGUACCCUGCUUUGAGUUCACGUACGAGGAGCAAUGUGUGGAACGCCACUGGUAUGGAAUGUGUAAAAGGUACGACAAGGCCCCGGUUGCUGUGGUCAAAGAGUCGAUCCCAUAUGAUUUUGGAGGCAUUGACGUUAUUGAUCAACUCACUAUUGCCCCCCGAGUAGAGAACAUACCAAUCAGAGAAGAGGGGGAUGUGAUGGAAAGCACAAGGCAGAGUGCCUCCUCUGGCCCCCAGACCACCCCCGGCCCUGAAGAGCCAUCCCUCGGGAACGUGGUCUCAGCUGCCGAGGACUUCAUCAAAGUGCUGGCCACUGUCUCCUCCUCCCAUAGCUCCUCCUCCUCUUCCUCCUCCUCCUCAGAGACCUCCAGAGGGGAUGCACAGGGCGCUGACAAGAAGAAGAAAAAUAAAACUGGCAAGAAGAGGAAAAACCAAAGAAGGAAGGGAAAGGGUAAGGGGAGGAAAAGAAAGCAAAUGGUUAAAAUGGUCAAACAGUUCAAAGUGGAGCAGGCCGCCGUGACUACCUGUCACAGAGCAGAAGGCGUCCUGGACAAGAGCCAUUUUGUGAACAGCCCUGUUCAACUGAAUCAUAAACAGGAGAGCAAUAUGAACAAUUUCAUGGACAGUGUUAUGGAUCUGGAGGGAAAAGAUGAGGUUUCUGUUAAUGUAAUUCUAUCAGAAAGACCGGUAGACAGAAGCUCUAGUGCCACAGAUGACUUAAACAUUAUUGUCACAGAGCUGAUGCCUCAGGUGGUGGAGCCCCAAACAGAGACAGUGCCUCCCAGCACAGCAGCCACUCCAUUCAGAGCAAAGAAAGUGAGGUCACAGGCUAGGCGAGGCAAUAAGAAAAGGAGAAAAAUGAGCGCCCGUGUUUCCAUGAACGCGGUCCCUUUUGUUGACACGAUCAAAGACAGCCCUCAGAGAGCAGCAGAUGAAAGUGCCGUCUCCACAGCCACUGUGUCUGCGGCCGGUCAGGACCCGGAGCUCCAGCACUUAGAAACCCGGACAGAGAACCUUUUUUUCACCACCACCACCACCACGGCCAACAUGCCUACUCUGACUCACCCCAAAGCCAAGAACAAGAAGCCAAAGGAAAAAGGUGGAAAAAAGAAGAGGAGAAAAGUGGCUUCCUCUCCCUCUGCGCUCGUAGUCCCAGUUCAGAGUGUUGCGCAAUAGAGUGAUAGUGCAUGAUUGUGAUUUAGAUGGCUCAGUCAGCUCUUUAAUUUACCAUGAUACACACAUUAUUUCAUGUUUAAAGUGGUGGUUCUCCAAAAAUGUACAUAUAAUUUUCUGCCUUUCAAUAUGACGUACUGUGCAUGCAAAGAAGAAUUUUACCAAAUUUGUAGAAAAUCUUGAAUAUCUAAUAAAAUUUUGAUAUUGUAUAAUAAAAAAAAUAAUAUAGUAACUUAGUAGUGUACUGAAUGCAGACCACUUUCAAUAUACACUAUCACAAUUCUUUUUUUUUUUUUUUAACAUUUUGAAACUAUGUUUCUAACCACAACAAUAAAAUCAGGUAUGGUGUCAAUACGUGUUUAACUUCCAAAUGAACCUCAUGGCUGGGCUAAUGAGUUAUAUGUUACCGGAAGUUGAUUUUGAAAUGCAGUUCUGUGCAUGCUACUGGUGGGUAUAUACUUUCCUUUUGUUUUCAGUUAUCAAUGCUAAUGCUGCUAACUGUUGGCAGUCGUAAAUUUAUGUAGAUAGCAAAUUCAAUUCAAAACUCUUCAUUGGAUGCAUCACAGAACUUAUUGAAAGGCAAAAUAUUAAAUUAAAAAUUUCAGCCAGCAAUUAAAGUUUUUUUGGGAAAUCAACAUACUGCCACAAGUCACUCUCAAACGUCAUUCACUGAAUGGAGAAAUGACAAGCUUAUACACUCAGAGACUACUGCAAAAAACUGUAUCAUUUGUCUUUUAAAAAUAAAUGUUAUUGGAAAAAAGGUGUUCUCAUCUAGUCACACAUUACAAUAUCUUAACAGCAGUUGCAGGUGAUUAAUAAAGAUUCAUUUUGGGCAGAGCUGGAGGCCAUAGCAAUCUGCAUUGCUUGCAGUUUGAAAGCGAAAGAAGAAGUAGUUUGCUUGGUAUCUGCAUACCAAGGGACCAAUGUAAAUCUGGUAGUUUCAAGUUGUUGCGACUUACUUACAUCGCUGCUAUUGGCUGCUAGAAUGUACACAGAGAAGCCAAGCAUCUUUAGCAUCUUGAGCAUUGCAAGUUAGUUUCCCUUUUUUUGCAUACCAUAAGGAGACUUUGGCUCUCCACGUACCUUCCAGGAGGGCUUAAGGCUUUGUCUAUAACAGGGUCACAUUCUUAAAGGUGGAUAAUCCGCACCCUGCACGGCCUACACCUUCCAGUGUUAAAUGAGGCCAGGAACACCCUUCACGGGGACCCAAAAUCCCAGAUCAGCUGACCCUCACAUGGUCCCACACAAAAGAAAAGAAUCCUGCCUGAAAAUUUACAUGUGUGCAUAAGUAGGUGCUACAUAGCAAAUGUGACCAGGGGCACAUUUUAGGACAACGUGAUGCUGUAGAUUGAUUUCCCAAGAGCUAAAAGUCUGUGAUUUAACAUCUGUAAAUCUAUCUUGCCAACUCUGCAAAUGCUUAUGAUAAGUAAUAAAGGUGCAAACUGA